AUGUACCUUCCUCGACAAUGUACACAAAAUACUCUCAGUCAUGUGGAUUAUGGUAUUCCACUACUUGCAAAAAAAUCAGAUUACCGAUCUAGUUACAAAAUGGGACAUUCUUUUAUUCCUAGUAUUCCACAGGAAUAUGAUUGCCGGGCAAAUACCAAAAUAAAUGGAGACCUUCUAGAAAGUGAUAUAAAAAUAAAAGAUGACGUGAUAACUACGUACAAGAAAGAGUAUACCAAGAAAUUCAACCAAGAUGUUCUAGUAAACUGCCAAAGACCUUGUAAUAAUAAUAAAGUUCAUUGCAUCAGAACCUUACAAGAAGCAUUAUUAAAACGUACACCACCAUCAGUACGGCCAAGGCAAUCUGAAAUGAAAGAUAAUUAUCGAUGGCUUCCAUACAAAACGAUUCCACGAGAAGUUAUACCACCAGCUGAAUCGUCUCUUUGUGAAAUAACCGGUAUUGCAAGAUCUGUUCAACCCUCAAUUCCCCCUAACGAAAUCGGGGCUUGGAAAUAUCUAGAUAUCUAUAUGACCAACAACAAACUCCGGUUUAUACCAUACAACAAUAGACAGUUUCAAGACGCACAAAUGGAUUUUCCAACAUUUUACAAUACUUCUGGUGUAUACCAAAAAUCCCAAAGGCAAUCACUAGAACAAUCAACAGGAAAUAAAUCAAUAUACGACAAAGCACAAUUCAAAUUUCAAUUUCCCGUAAAAAACCUGUCAAGGGGACAAAAAAGAGUUCCACAUAGCGGAUUACAAACUGAAUAUCAAGGUAGAUAUGUUUCGCAAACGUAUUCAGAUACGUAUCCUUACAUAGAAGAUAGCGGCCAAACAUCUGCAUGUUUAGUUUCUGAAGCCGGUCCAUGGCAAAAUUUAUGUCCACCAGGAAUGUAUUGUACAGAAUACUGCCACAUAGGAUCCGGAUGGCCUGUGAGGGCAGUGAUAAAUUCAGGAAAAUCAGAAAAAUUUCUUCAUUUUACCGAAAAAUGUACACCGGUUUAUGAAUGUAAUGAGACUGAUGCGCAGUGAAAUAUAUUUCAAAAAAUUCAGUUCAUAUUCUUCCCUUCCUAUUCGUAUAAAAUUGACCAUAGUACGUGGACGGUCCCAUAUGUA